AUGGCCCGCGGUGAUGCUCCCGCUGCCGCUGCCUGCGAAGACGAAGCGUGUGUGCUCAAAAUGCAGCCUCGCAAUGACGACGGACUCGAGCCUCGAGUCGUCAUCGGGGAGGUUGAUGAUGGGGAAGAACGGAGACAGGCGCCAACGCCCAUGCUGAUGUCAAUGAUGACAGAGCGGCGAUUAGCAGUACGUGCUCGACCACUGCACGCUGCAUAUAUUGGCAUAUCUUUGCCUCUUGGUGCGCUUCGCAUUGUGCCCAUGCGCAAUGACAAUACAUUCCUCGGUCCAGCUUCUACCAAAACUGCCCCGAACAUCGGGGCCCCGACACUGGAAACCCGGAAUUGUCUUAGAAUUUGUACUGGCGUGACCGGCGGCUCUUCGUAUCGCAUUCGCAAUGUACGGUACGUUUCACACAAGUCAUGCUACGAAUUUAGAAUCACGCAUAAGACAUGCGAGUGUUUCACAAUCUCUCAGAGGACUUGGGUGAUAUACGGUCGUAAGACUUGCGAGCUUUUGCUGAUGUCAGCCCAAGUGGUCGCUGCAUUUGCAGACGGCAUUGCCCGAAGAGGAGCCUUCAUGAAACCGAGGAUCAGUGUGAAACUUCUUUUCAAGGGGGCGACCAACAACAAACACGCUUCAAGUUCUCAGAUCAAGAUCAUUGGUCAUGAAACGUGUCCUGUUCAUCCGAUGAUGAUCCGCAGUUCCGAUGCAGUCAACUUAUAG